AUGGCUUCACUGGCAGUGGGCGCAAGCGCGAGCAUUGGCUCCCAGGCAACACCCUUGGUCCAUUUUAGUAUCCUGCCAAGAAGACCCUGCUUUCCUCUCCAGGCAGUGGGCCUCCCACGAGGUCUGCAAGAGGGGCCGCCCAACCUCAUGGACCCGCAACUCCUCCAGGACUCAUGCAGCAGGCUGGCAAACUUCACGAGCUCGGCAUCCCCAAUCUUGGCCUAUGGAAAAACGGUGCAGGGCUGGCUCAACGAGCCGAGCUGCCAAAUCUUCGUGGCCUCUGCAGCCCUGAUUGCAGGGCUCUGCCUGACCUGGGACGGGCCACAGCUGUGGAAAGCUUUGUUCACGCUGGCUCUGGCUUGUGCGGCCGCCUUUGCCGCACGCUUCGAGGCAGAAGCGUGGCAUCUGCAGAUCUUCUCCAUUUUCACAGUGAUGUGCCAGGCUGCCGUGAUCGUAGGCACGGCCGUGUAUUGGGGCUUUGAAGGGAGCCAAGUUCUGCUGGGCUCGUGUUGUGGCUUCGCGGGUGCCUAUGGCAUGGGCGCAUGGGUUCUUUCACAAAUAGCUUUGAAAACCGCCUCUGCGAGCCCCACCUUGGGGAGGUGCUAUCUUGAUCAUUUUCACCCAAUCAAGGUUUGGGAAAAACCGUUUAUUCAUUUGGCUGAACAGUUUUGCACGUUGAAGGGCUCCUUGGUUCGAAGAGUUCAGGCAGCCCCCUGUGCACUGUAUUUGGGGUGUUUUUAG